GAGCUGGCACUGAAGUCUUUGGGAAGUGAGGGGCUGUUUCUCUUUUCUUCUCUGGACACAAACAACGAUCUGUACCUCAGUCCAGAAGAGUUCAAGCCAAUAGCUGAGAAGCUGACAGGGGUUGCUCCCAUUUCAGAGUUUGAAGAGGAGGAGACGCCUGAUCCAAGCGGGGAGACGUUGUCCGUCGUGGCUAAAUUCCAGCCUUUGGUCAUGGAAACGAUGACAAAGAGCAAAGACGGUUUCUUGGGAAUUUCUCAUGUUGCUCUGUCUGGGCUGAGGAAUUGGACUGCCCCAGUGGCCCCUAGGAGUGUGAUGCUUGCCAGGCAGUUUAAAGCCUUUCUUCCUCCAAAGAAUAAACUGGAUCUUGGGGAUCCGUGGUGGAUAAUUCCUAGUGAAUUGAACAUCUUCACUGGGUAUCUUUCCAACAACAGAUUUUACCCUCCUCCUCCCAAGGGCAAAGAGAUCAUAAUCCACAGGCUUUUGAGCAUGUUCCACCCACGCCCCUUUGUCAAAACCCGCUUUGCUCCGCAGGGAGCUGUGGCCUGCAUCCAAGCCAUCAGCACUUUCUACUACACCAUAGCGUUCAGGAUCCACGCUGAGUUCCAACUGAACGAGCCACCAGACUUCCCCUUCUGGUUUUCCCCAGGCCAGUUCACAGGUCACAUCAUCCUCUCCAAGGAUUCUUCCCAUGUCCGCGAGUUUAAGCUCUUUGUCCCUAACAACAGGUCUCUGAACGUUGAUAUGGAGUGGCUGUAUGGGGCGAGUGAAAGCAGCAACAUGGAAGUGGAUAUCGGUUACCUGCCUCAGAUGGAGCUGGAAUCGACAGGGCCUUCAAUCCCCUCUGUGAUCCAUGACGAGAACGGAAAUGUGAUUGACAGCAGGGAUCCCUCAGGGGAGCCCAUUCAGUUUGUGUUCGAAGAGAUAACCUGGCAGCAGGAAAUCCCCUGGGAAGAGGCAGCCCAGAAGCUGGAAGUGGCCAUGUAUCCAUUCAAGAAGGUCUCCUAUCUUCCCUUCACACAAGCUUUUGAGAGAGCAAAAGCAGAAAAGAAGCUGGUGCACUCAAUCCUGCUGUGGGGUGCCCUGGAUGACCAGUCCUGCUGAGGUUCGGGGCGAACUCUCCGGGAGACCGUCCUGGAAAGUUCGCCCAUCCUUGCCUUGCUGAAUGAGAGCUUCAUUAGCAGCUGGUCACUGGUGAAGGAGCUGGAAGAGCUGCAGACCAACAGAGAGAAUGAGUUCUACAGCAAGCUGGCUGACCUGCAUCUGGAGAAAUACAACUUCCCUGUGGAGAUGAUCAUCUGCCUCCCCAACGGCACGGUGGUUCACCAUAUCAAUGCCAACUACUUCCUGGACAUUACUUCUAUGAAGCCUGAAGAUGUUGAAAGUACCAUCUUCAGUUUUUCAACCAAUUUUGAAGACCCUUCUACUGCAACUUACCUCCAGUUCUUGAAGGAGGGACUGCAAAGAGCAAAACCAUACCUGCAGACCUAA